CACAUUGGGCAAACAGUCAAUUCGUAUAUAAAGAGUGAACAAUCGCCUCGAGCCCAUCAGUCGUCACGGAAAACUGCACUAAAAUUGUUUGAUGAUCAAUUCUAAAAAAAUGUUAUUCAAUAUCAUUGCGUGCGCUUUGGUGGCUUCCGCCUUUGCAAGACCACAGGGAGUACCACUAAACCAACCACAAAGUAACACCACACCAAUUGCAAUUCUUUCGCAUUCUGAAGCAAUUGGAGAAGAUGGCACCUUCAAUUUUAAUUUCGAGAGCGAAAAUGGAAUUCGCGUUGAUCAAACUGGAUACAACAAGGUCAUUCCUGCAACGAGAAUUGGAGACGAUGUAGUUGAUAAGGUUGUACAAGUAAUCACUGGCUCCUAUUCAUACCAAGCCCCAGAUGGCACCCCGAUCAACUUAAGCUUCGUUGCUGAUGAAAAUGGAUUCCAACCCGUCGGUGAUCAUUUGCCAACUCCUCCACCAAUCCCGGAAGCUAUCCAAAGGACAUUGGAUUUACUACCAAAAAUCAGUGAACCUUCCACAGCCUAAAGCAUGGCUUUAUUCUAAAUAAAUGUACCCCUAAAUGCCUCUAUUCAUUAAGUCAUGUAUAAGUGUAAAUAAUUUGUG